AUGGAUAACAACUGCCAUAUUCAAAUGGAACAAUCUUUUGCACAUGUACCUAUCAAGCAAUCAAAACCAGUAUUUUUGGACAAAUUAAGGAAGAUUUGUGUUCAUAUCAAUACAGAAUUAAAUACUCUAAAUUCAAAACUUUACAAACGAUUUUUAUAUUUAAGAGACCAGGCUUUCUUUAAGCUACAAUUUUUUGCCGGCGAUCGAGCACAUGACUUGAGUUUGUGUGUAGCACAAGAAGUGAAAAAACUCCCUGAUGGAAAAGGGUUAUUAUUUUGUCACACUGUUGGAAAAACUUUGAAAAAUGGUAAAGUGAAUGAAUUUGUUGUCAAAAAAUUAAAUGAGGAGGUCCUUUGUCCAGUUGAGGGUUUAUAUAGAUAUGUUAACAAUGUUGGGGUUAUGGAUAUAGAUGUCACAAAAGGGUUUUUGUUUAGAGCACUAGAUGCGUCUCGUACGAAAGUGUUAGAAUCGCCAGUUUCAUCAUCUGGUAUGAGCGAACGACUUCAAAAUUAUUUAAUAGAGUUGAACAUCUUUGAGGGUGAAACACCACAUGGAAUUCGUGGGGGAUGUGCCAUAACUUUAAUGUCAACAGGGGUGGCUUCUUGUCAAGGUAUAAUGGAUCAUGUUGGAUGGCUUCAAAAAGAUACUUGUAAUAGAUAUUCAAGAGUUAAUCAGUUAGUGGAUUCUACAUCUGUAAGCUCUCUGUUUGCCAAAGUGGCCGAUGCAGAUUUUGUAAAAACUCAUGAAAUUUCCGAUAAACUUGGUAAUGUGACAUCUUUGGAUCAAGCUUUCUAAUAAAAGAAGUGGAGAUAAAAUAACGUGAAAAAAAGAAAGAUUAACAAAUGAUUAAUAAUGCCUUGGUUUAUGUAAGCUUGCAGGUAUUCAAUUGUUUUUCACUUAACAUAUUACAGUAAUUCUGUAAUUUAUUGUAGACUUGCUUUAAUGUAUAUACUUUGGUAAAUUUUUGUAGUUGAAUAACAUGUUUUUCAAGUGGGUU